AUGCUUGUUUAUCCAGCAUUUUCAAAACAUUCUGAUCCGAAUUUAUUUGGUCCUGAUCCAUAUGAAUAUAAAUAUGAUCGAUUUGUCAAAAAACUCAAUGAACCAAAAGCUCCUUCACUUAUGCUCUUUGGUUGUGGCAGUCAUAUGUGUCCUGGACGAUAUUGGGCUAUAAAUGAAAUUAAAAUAUUAGUAGUCCUAAUUGUUCAACAUAUGGAUAUUGAAUUUGUAAAUAUGACAGAGAAAGAUAAAGAUAACUAUCGAAAAAAAUUACCAUAUGAUUAUGCAAAACUUGUUAGUAGUGGUGGACCAACAAAAGAUCAUCUACAUAAAUUUGAUGUGAAAUAUUCAUACAAAAAUUUGGAUAUUGAAUAA